AUGAAGUCUGCCCUGUUCCUUCUGAAUGUGUUAUCUGUCUCCUAUGCCCUCCAAUGUUAUACUGGUAUUAAAGGAUCUGUUGAUGCUGCUCACAAAGGCGAUCUUGUCAAGUCACCCUGCGCAGGAGAUGCUAAGUACUGCAUAAUGGAAGCUAUAGGUCUCAAUUCCAUGACUGGACAUUCCAUCUCCGGGUAUAGAUACGAUUGUGACAGUCAUCAUCAAUGUGAUGCUAUAGUUUCUACUGGACACAAUUGCGCAGAUGAGAUCAUUGGUAAGAUCUGUUGUUGUACCUCGGAUUACUGCAACAACUACUCCAGCGUGCCAGCCUUAUCGACCUUUGUACUUGUUCUCCUAUUUUCAAUUUUUGUUAUGUAA